AUGAGGGGCUUGGCAGUCAGUCUCGUGUCUCUGCUGCUGGCAGCACCGAGCAACGCCUUGGAGAUUGAUCUCAGCAGUAAAGCAUCCAUCAAAGAUACCGCCAGCACCAUCGCAUACGGUCUCGUCAAAUACUACAAUGGAAAUCUCACGGGCGGCAUCCCCGGUCUAUUACCGGGUCCAUACUACUGGUGGGAGGCGGGCGGCAUGUUUGGCCAUCUCAUCGACUACUGGUACUACACGGGCGACACGACAUACAACGAAAUCGUCAUGCAGGGCAUGAUGCACCAGAUCAACGCGCCCACCGGCGACUUCCUCCCGCGCAACCAAUCCAACGCCAUGGGCAACGACGACCAGGGCUUCUGGGCCAUGACCACCAUGAUGGCCGCCGAGGCCGCCUUCCCGAACCCGCCGUCCGACACCCCGCAGUGGCUCGCCGGCGGGCAGGCCGUCUUCAACGAGUACGUGGUGCGCUGGAACGAGGAGAACGGGCUGUGCGGCGGCGGCCUGCGCUGGCAGGUCUAUAGCUUCCUGAAGGGCUACGACUACAAGAACAGCAUCGCCAACGGCUGCUUCUUCAACGUCGCCGCCCGCCUCGCCCGCUUCACCCGCAACGACACGUACGCCGAGUGGGCAGCCAAGAUCUACGCCUGGGAGGCCGGCAUCGGCCUCAUCGGCACCAACUACGAGGUCUACGACGGCUACAACGUCAUUGACGCCACGCAGACCUGCGACCGCCUGCACGACGUCCAGUUCAGCUACAACGCCGGCAUCUGGCUUGCCGGCGCCGCCGCCAUGUACGACUACACCAAGCAGGAUAUCUGGAAGACGCACGUCGACGGGCUCCUCAAUUUCACCACCCGCAUGUUCGUCUCCCACAACGGCAGCCACCUCUGGGAGCCCCCGUGCGAGACCCAGCCCCGCGGCUGCGACCAGAACCAGGUCAGCUUCAAGGGCUACCUGCUGCGCUGUCUGGCCUACACGUCCAAGAUGGCGCCCUGGACCGCCGACGGCAUCCGCGCGCUGAUCCAGCAGGCCGCCAGGGACGCCGCCGCCGCCUGCACCGGGCCAGUCGGCGGCACCGGGCCAGUCGGCGGCACGUUUCAGGGCAUCGACGGCACCGCCUGCGGCUUCUCCUGGCUCGAGCCCAAGUACGACGGGCUGGCCGGCGUCGGGCCCCAGAUGAAUGCCCUCGCCGCCGUCUUUUAUAACUUGCUCGAAGACGCCAAGCCCCCCGCGACGGGCGAGGAUCGCGGCACCUCAAAGGGCAAUCCAAACGCCGGAAGUACCGCCGCCCAGCCGCUGCCGCAGCCGAGAGCCAUUGUCACGUCAGAUAGGGCCGGCGCAGCGAUUCUAACUAUGUUGUGCACUGUAGGGAUCGUAGGGGGCAGCUUUUUCCUCAUGAGCGAUCUUUAUGAUUGA